AUGAGUGCCAGCGUGUUCGAUUUCGAUUCCUGCAGUUUCACUCAUCAGUUCAAGCUCAACUUUUUGGAGACGGAGAAGGUCGCCAUCGGGCACUUAGUCAGCUCCGAGGUCAUCUCUGCUGGUGGACACCUCUGGAAGAUCGACUGCUACCCACGCGGGGAGGAAAGUGACAGCGGUAAGUUCUUAUCUAUCUUCCUCCAGCAUGAGAGCAAAUCCGAAGGCGUCAAAGCUAUCUUCGAGGCCUUCGUGAUGGACAAGGACGGUACUCCAUCGUCGUCCCAUAGAAACAGGUUGGUGCACGUUUUCGCACCAAUGGACAGUGACAACGACAACCGGGGUUGGCCUUGCUUUGUGGAGCGAAGCGUCCUAGAAUCGCUCUACGUGACGAAUGGCUCGUUCAUCAUCAUGUGUGGGGUCAAAGUUGAGCAGCACGACCCCCUCGAGUUGCCGCCCUCAGACAUUGGCUGCCAUCUUGGCCUCCUGCUGGAUUGCACGGACGGCUCUGAUGUCUCGUUCAUCAUCGAUGGUGAGAUGUUCCCUGCUCACCGGGCUGUGCUUGUGGCCCGCUCGCCGGUCUUCAAGGCUCAAAUCUUGGGCUCCAUGGCCGAUGCCAACAUGUCAUCCAUCAGCUUGCAUGACAUCGCGCCGGCGACGUUCCGAGUCAUGCUCCGGUUCAUUUACACCGAUGCUUAUCCUGAGGAUGACGAGCUCGGGGACUCCCCAGAUGACAUGGUUCGGUACUUGCUCGCUGCAGUGGACCGCUUUGCCUUGGAUCGUCUGAAGAUUUUGUGUGCUGCAGAUCUGCGGGAUAAUAUGUCAGUGGACACAGUUGCUGACACUUUGAUCUGUGCUGAAACACAUAAUUGCCCACAGCUAAAAAAGAAGUGCUUUGAUUUCAUUGCGGAGGAGAAGAACUUCAAGAAGGUUGUGCUAACAGAUGGUUUCUUUCAGCUGGCGCAACAAUUCCCAUCGAUUAUUGAUGAGCUGAAGUUGAAGGUUAGAGCAUAG